AUGGAUCAGGGAGUUGAGGACCGCCAACCUGAUGUUUUGGCAUCACCGAAAAGGAAGCAGAGCGAGCAAUCGCAGAGCAACGAAAAGCUCUCGCUUUCUGGACCAAAUUUGGAGAGUGCGGACUUCAAUACGGACUUACCGCCCUUCAAGUGCAACUGGACAGGAUGUUCAAGCAAGGCCUUUACGCGAAAGUCUGAUCUGAAGAAGCAUUGGGACAGGCAUAUUAAGCCGUAUAUUUGCGAAGAGCUCGGUUGCAAGGGAAAUGCUUUCGGCGAUAAAGCCAGCCUUCACCGUCACGAAACAGAGAAACAUGGCAAACACAGUGCCAAAAGGUACCUCUGCCCAGUGGAGUCGUGUCCGAGAGCUAGGAAAGGCUUUCCAAGGAAGAGCAACAGAAAUCUACAUGUGACCACUCGACACCAUGAUUUCUCGUUCGCUACGUCUGGUGGAAUAAUGGAGGAUGGAGGAGCCUCUGAAAGCCCUGAACAGACGGUAGAUGAGGGGUUGGGCACACAACUCGAUUGUGGGGCGGGCAAAAUGGCUGCAGUUGAGAAUAGAAGGGGACUCGAAUUCAAGUUGAAGGAGCUAGAAAAGGAAAAGAGUGCAUUGGACCUUCGCAGGAGCCGUGUUGAUGAAGACAUUCGGGCGUUGAAGAGGAGUAUACAGCUGGUUGCUGCUUAG